AUGUUUGAGACGCUGCUCUCAACAGAGCCGCCAUGGCUGUAUCUGCACGCUCAGCUUCCGGAGCCGAGCAUCGAGAAUCUCGGCAACGAGGAGUAUGCGCUGCCGCAGGAGUACGGCGGCGCCCAUGGGCCCAAGGCUUCGUUGAUCGGAACACUCAUGCACGUAGUGGACGUCGAACGGUGCAAGGACGGAAGGCUCGAGCUACUCGCUCAGGGUAUCGGACGCGCUGCCGUGCUGCGAGAGACCCAGUCGGUCCCGUAUGCGCGGGCGGACGUGCAGUGGCUGCCAGAUGCAGAGACGCUGCUCUCGUGUGAGGCCAGACGCAUAGACUGGAACAGGAGCCAAUUUCUGGGCGAAGCCGCCCUCGACUUGCUAGGACUGUCUGCACGAAAGCGGUUGCAGAUGGCGUUGGCUCUCGCAGAGGAGCGGAGCUGGCGAGCGUACGAGCACGAAACGACGUAUCCGAUCCAGCUGGCAAUCUCGUCGGGAAUGUAUCCCGCCUUCUGUCCUUUCGAUACAUCCGCCGCGGAGCUGGCAGUCCGCGGCGCGCCGCUCGCGCUCUCGGCAGCUCUUGAGGCGGCCGCCGCCUUAGAUGGCAUGCAGGAGGGAGUUCCAAGCUCAUCGCACGCAGAGUUGGGCGGCGGCGCGGCGUUCACGAUGAGUCAUGCCCGCUCUGCGGCGGUGCGGCGUGCGUUUGAGGCGUGCGAAGCUAUGCUCGAAGUAUCGGAUGACGCAAUGCAGGCCGAGGCCGAGAGCGAGCGCGCGCUGCAAGACCUGGAACUCCAGGUGUGGCUCGAGCUGGACGGCUUCCUCCGGCGCUUUGCUGCCAACCGGGCCACGCUGAUCGGCGGCACCGGAGCACCCGCGCCAAAGCAGCUGCUCGGUUUGCUGCCUCCGCCUCCCGAGAGCGGCUGGCCAGACGACUUUAUUCUCGAUACCGUUGCCGCUGACUUGCGCAAGGCCGCCACCAGGCGCCGCUCGCAGACCACGCUCAGCUACCAGAAUGACCCCGCGCCGUUCAUCCCAGCGCAUCGCCACUACCCGUUGCGUCGGCGUGCGCAGCGGCUGAGCUACUCGAUUUGGAUUGUGCUCAAGGAACCAGGGCUGGACCUACAGCCUUUACUCGACACGGAGAGCACCACAGACAGGCUACGCAUGGUGCUUCUCCGGCUUCGCGAGCUGCUCGCGCGAGAGGAGAGCGGCAGUUUGUAG